CUUAGCCAGCUGGACCACGAUGCGCUUUAUAUACUAAUCCCGCGCAGCGGGUAAAACGUCAUCGAUCUAGAAGAGUUACAGUAUCAGGGAACUCGGAUCUUCUGGGUCCAUGAGGGGUUGGCGCUGGGACCGCAGGCUUGGACCAGGUCUGGAUUCCUGCGAUACAGUGGUUCUUAUGCAACUAUCGUGGCCCGCAUUUGUCCUAUCAUUCUGUCCUGUCCAUCCACAGCGUAUUGAGCCUAGCUUAGUGGACGGUCUGCUGUGCAUCUCGGUCUCAUACCCCGCACGUAUGCAACCACGGGAUAAAACGUAGACUUUUGCUGGGCUGCACGACGAGAAUAUUAUGUAUCCUACCAGGAAGGUCAAUAAUAGUAAAUUUCCACGAUACAUAUAACCUGUAGAUGGACUGCCGAUGUGCUGCGUCGCGCGUUACAGAUCAGCAGAUAGUGUUUGUCCUGUUUGUCUCAUCAGGCCACUCCGCGUUGCCGUUUUUCAGAAGCCAUCAUCAUCAUCAUCCUCCUCUGAUGAUCAGACAUACCGGACGAAUACCCCAUCGGUCAAUUCUUCUUUUUUGCUUUAGCAGAGUUCUUUCCUUUGCCUACAGCUCGACCGCCAUCAUGGGUUUCGGAGCUCCAGGUGGCUCCGCAACCAACUACAAGCCCACGCCUCCCGAGCGUGGCAGCUUCCCUCUAGAUCACGAAGGCGAAUGCAAACCCCUUAUCCGCGACUACCUCAAAUGCCUGAAAUCCGCCCGGGGCGUCAACGACAACGACUGCCGGAAACUGGCCAAGGCGUACCUGACCUGUCGGAUGGACCAUAACCUCAUGGCGCCGGACGACUUCAAGAACCUCGGACUGGUGUUCGAAAAGGACAACGCGACGACGCCCGGAGAGAAUGCAGAGAAGAAAUUAUAGUCGGACUAACGGGUCAGAAUACCAGGGGAUAUUGUAUGAUAUGCUGGAGGGUUCUGUGUAUAGAUGGAGUGUUUGGCGUGAUGA